AUGACGGAUAGUUCAGGGACUGUUGACUCUGUCGUCGUAAGUGACACAGGGGAUGAUCGAUGUGUUGGACCAGCUGGAAGUGGAACUGCCCCCUCAAUGGACGACACUGAUAUGCAGGAAGUAAACAAAACUGCUACAAGUGUCGAAACGAACUCGACAGAAGAUACGAAGAAUGCAAGUAACAAGAAGGCGGGGACAACGAAAAAAAACAUAUGUUUUCCAGAACCUCACGCUAUAGCAACUUACUCGGAAGCGCCUGAUCCAUGGAAACAUGCUGAAGUCUGGAACAACAAAGAUUUGAUAACAGCAUACAGACAUGGAUGUGAACAAAACAAUGUCAAACCUUUGAGUAAAGUUUUGAAUCAGUUACAGGGUAUCCAAAAUACAGGAGAGAGGCAUGAACUCCUUACCCUUAAGGGUGAGAAACUUGAAAUUCGCCACUGUGAGAGUCUGGAGGAGGUUUUCAGGAGGGUACAGUUCAAGUGUAUUGACUUUGAAGCAUGCCAUCUGGAUGAUGAGACGUCGGUGGCACUGUUUGACAUGAUCGAAUAUUAUGAGUCUGCUUGUAAAGUCAACAUGUCUUUCAAUAAAAAUAUUUCCGUGCGAGGAUGGCAGUCAUGUUCUCGUAUGAUCAGGAAGACACCAUGCCUGUACUUCCUUGAUGCAAGAAACUGUGAUUUGAAUGAUCGUCUCAUCCCUGUAAUGGGUCGAGCAUUGAGGAUGGGAUCCUUCCUAACUACCCUACAUCUGGAGAGUACAUCACUGUCAGGCAGACCCCUGGUUAUACUAGUGGCUGCAUUAAAGAUGAAUGAGAUCUUGAUGGAGCUGUUCCUGGCUGAUAAUCGUCUGAUGCCCAGUGAUGGGAUUCAACUUGGGAACCUACUGAAGUACAAUCACAAGCUACAACUUCUGGACAUAAGGAACAACCACCUACAGGACAUUGGAGCUAGCCAUGUUUGUGAUGGUUUGUGUGAACAGAACCUUGGUAUCGGCUUACAAACGCUUGUCUUGUGGAAUAACCAGAUCACUUACAAUGCCAUGGCAGCUGUGGGCAAAGCAAUGGCUGCUACAGAUAGUGUGGAGACGUUGAAUCUUGGCCAUAACAAUGUCACCAACGAAGGAAUCCACCUGAUGAAGGAUGGUCUUCUCAAGUCCAAGUCUCUCCUCAGGAUAGGUCUACAGGGAACCAAAGUCACAUGUGAAGGUGCUGUAGCCUUGGCGGAGGUAAUAGCAGACAGUCCUCGACUUCUCAGGCUUGAUCUGCGGGAAAAUGAGAUUAAGACAGCUGGUUUGAUGGCCCUGUCUUUAGCCCUCAAAGUCAAUGAGACAGUCACAAGACUUGAUAUGGACCGUGACACCAAGCGAGAGUCGGGAAUGAAAGAUUUUGCAGAGCAACAGAGGAGAUUACAGCAGGACAUUAGUAACUUCCUGGAGAGAAACCAGGGCCUAGCACGGAAGAGGACGGAAGAAGAGAGACUCAAUUUGGAGAGGACCAUAAAGGCAGAUACUCGACCUGGCCGAUCAGACUCUGUAAUUGAACCAGCAGAGUCGGCCAAGGAGGACGCUCAAACUAUUGCUUCAUUUGAUAAAAUAAAACGUCCAAUGCUUCUUGUUAUGGAGGACAAGGAAGCUCAAAAAACUCUUGACUCUCCACACGUAAAGCCGGAGAACUUACCUAGCAGUGAUGAUGAGGAUGGAACUGUCCUGCCUUCUAACAAAGUGUUGGCAAAGGCUGGGGCUCCUCCAGCAGAAUUGCUGCUCAGUCCACAAUACUGCACUGUCAAAGCUAAAAAACUUUUCACAGUGUCUCGUGUUGCAGGACCACCCCAUCUGUCCCUUGCCAAUGCCGAUGUGAGUGCUGGUCACUCUACUUCUUCCCGGCUGGACAGCGUCCUCUCACCAUCUGAUACCAACGACAUGAUCUCGCAAAUGAGUAAUGGGACCCAUGUCAUGUCCCAGGGUCUCUCAUCAAAAAACAUAACAAGUCCUUCUGAUGUCACUCUUAGUAUACAGGCAGAGAGUGUUAGUCACAUCAUAGAGGAGAUAGUGACAGGGGCAUCACAGGAGGCUGCAAAGGAGGAUGGAAGUGGCGAAAAAACAUUCCAGGAAAGUGUACAAAACUCUUGUUCAGAAUCGGGAAGCAUAGCAAGUGAGGAUGUAGAUUCACAGGAUGCAGUGGCAAAUGUUGAUGGGAACAACCCAUCCUUAUCUGACUCUAUAGAAAAUAAAUGCAGUGUUAUGACAGACAAUGUGACUCGAAGCAAUAGUGAAACAGAGGUAGUUAGCCAAAAGAGUGUGAUUUCAGACAGUAGUGACAUGGAAGUGAAGGAGUCUGCUGAUCUAAAGACUAGUGAUAGUGACUGUGAUAUUCAUAAACAAAAUGAGGAGACUUGUGUUUGUCUCGAUAGUGCAAUAAGUGUUGUAAGUAAGGGGGAUAACUGUGUAGAGAAUAACUCCAGUAUCACUGACAGUGUGACUGGUAGAUUAUCAGGAAGUAUACCUGAAUUAGACGUUACACAUUGUGAUCAAAUUGAGGAGAAUAGUGAUAGAAAUGAUGGUGUGAGUGAGGAUUCCCAAGAGAUGCACACUUUGUCUAAAUGUUUACCAUGUGAUAAACUGAAACAAGAGAAGGACUCUGGUAUAGGUAGUUAUGAAAAUGAUCGUGAUUGGACAAGGCUUGAUGCUCCCAGUAAAGGAAUGAAAACCAAUGGUUGUGACAGUCAAACUGAUGGGUCAAAUUUACCUAUUACCAACCCGGACUUUUACACUAACUUGACAUUCAAUGGCUUAACACAGGAAUUAGCAAGUGCUUUGGAAAAUUUGGAAAAUAAAUCUUUCUCAUUUUUUUCAGAUGAAAAUUCAAGUGGCACUAUUGAUGAUUUUGAGAAAGAGUUGGAUGCAAUGUUAGCAGAUGUAAAAAGUGGAAAUAAUCUAAACUUACCUUCCUGUUUGACAACAAACAAAGAGGAAGUAACCCAGGACUGUACAGGGACUGGAACAUAACACUGGACUACGUCUAACAAUACCUGUACAAGCAAGAUAAACCCUGCAAUGUCUUGUGAAAAAAAUUUC